AUGCGUUACAACCAUAUACCAGAUGAGUGUUAUAACGAAAUAUCGAGGGAGAUAGAUCACUAUAGUUCCCCUAUGUUUAUGUGUUAUUCACAUUUGCUGAUCGCCACAGAAGAUAAGUGGAAAGAUACUGGAAUUACUGGAAUCCUUGUUGUCGUGACGUGUAGAAAACUAAAGACCAAUCUACUGCGCAUAUAUGAUUCAAGUAUUUACAGAUGCCUUUUUGAAAUUGAACUGUAUGAUCGUUGUGAAGAUAAUAUUGUGUUUGGGACUCGUUGCUUUGUGUUGCCGUUCAAGAAGGCAUCAUUCUGUUUCCUUUUCGAAGAUAUUGAAGACACAAAUCAAUGUAGACUAAAAAUUUUGGAGGUAGCUUCCUACUACGGAGGUUCUACCAGUUCCGAAGCUCCUACUCCCACGAAAAAGAAAGGUCAUCAGUCGGUGUCCAUUUCUCGAAUUCAAAACAUCCAGCUCACCAACCACUCCGGCACCGAGCUCACCAACGUAACCGGCGAGAACAUCCUCAACGUGCUCUACAGCAAAGUCCGCAACAGUCGCGCCCUCAAGAAGAAAGCCGUCUCCCCGCCGCCCUCCGCGCCGCCUCCGCUUCCUCCCGUCCCCAUCGAAUCCCCCGCGCAGGCCGAGCGCUCCGAGCUUCGCAAGCAAGUCGACGCGCGCGUGUUUUCCUUCGACACCAUCUCCGAAGAGGACGUUCCCGAGAUCCCCGCGCUCCCCGUCGACCCCUCUCGCCCCUCUCUCGUCCAAAAACCGCGGAAGCAGCAGCAGGUGGCGGUGGAGAUCCCCGUGCUGCGGACGCCGCCGACGUCGGGGGACCCAGGACUGUCCGGCGAGCGCGAGAUGCUGCGAGCGCAGCUGAGGUCGCAGCGAUUCGACGAUUUGUAG